AUGGCUACCGAAGUAGUUCGCGAAUCUAAAAUUCUUCUCACUCCCGAUAAUUAUGCUCUUUGGCUGCUCCCAAUGAAAGCCAAACUUCACAAAGCUAAAUCACUCACCAUCGUCACUGGUGCACAUACCUGUCCUGACCCUAAAGAAGACAAAGAAAACGCCCGACUCUACGUCAAGCUCAACAAAGAUGCGUAUGCGGAAAUCAUCCAACAUCUCAAUCAAGAAAUCCUUGCAUAUGUCAGUUCCACCCUACCCGAGGCCGAUGAAUUCAACGGUUACAAGCUCUGGCAACUCUUAAAACAAAAGUAUGCCGGUAACGAUCUCACCUCCAGAACCACUGCCCUCAAGAAGUUCCUCGCCAUAGAAUACGACUCGUUCUCGUUGUUCCUUCCUCUAGUACGAUCGGCCAAUCAUAAGAUCGUUCUAUCAAAUCUUGCUCUUGACGAUCAAGUCAAGACCAUUCUGAUGCUUGAUAAACUCCCUCAAGAAUUCCAUUCGUUCAAAACCAAUAUCUCAAUGAAUUUUGAAACAGAACCAUUCGAUCAAGUGUUAAAGAAGCUUGAAGAUUUUGCCUCUCAAAAUCAGCUGAAUGAACUCAAGAAGACACCUAAUCUGUCGCAAACGACUCUGUACACGCAAUCCUCCGAUCCUGAAGUCGUCUGUCCUCACUGCAAACGCGGAUUUAGAGCCUGCUCCCACUGUUUCAAAAGCGGCCAUACGGAAGGUAACUGCUUCGUCAAACAUCCCGAGAAACGACAGCCUAAACCAGUUGCAUCAUCCUCAAAACAACACUCGGCCCAUCUCACUCGAUACACCCAAGAAGACGAGGAGUACCUCCAACAAAAAUACCCUGAUCUUCAUCUUUAA